UUGUGCAGCCACCAUGGCCUCCCAGGCCGGGCAGGACGCCAAGUUCUUCCAGCGCGGCAAGAUACAGGAAUUCCGCGCAGAGCUGCAGGCAGCCGAGUCCAAGGACAAGAAGUUCCAGAAGCGCAAGACUGUGCUCAAGAAGAUUGUGGCGAACAUUACCAUGGGGAACGACAUGUCUCCGCUGUUCACCGAUGUCGUCCAGUGCUUGGGCAUUCCAUUGCUUGAGAUUAAGAAGAUGGUAUACCUGUUCCUCGUUUGUUACGGAAGAGCGAAGGCCGAGCAAAUACACCUUGUGAUACCCAGUUUUCUGCAGGACUGCAGUGACAGGAACCCUCUCGUGCGAGCUCUCGCCGUUCGCACCAUGUCAUACAUCCCCAUCCCCGUAGUCAUCGACGCGCUCACCGACCCGCUGCGGCACUGCAUCAAGGACCGCGACCCAUACGUCCGUAAGACCGCCGCCAUCUGCGUUGCGAAGCUCUACGCCGCAGACCCACGGAAGGCAGAGAAGCACGGCUUCGUUGAGAUGCUCCGGGACCUCCUGCUGGAUGCAAACGCCACCGUCGUGUCGAACGCCGUAGCUGCUCUGUCCGAGAUCGGGGACAGACCAGAUGGCGUUAUCUUCAAGCUGAACUUGAGUGUGGCGAACAGAUUACUCGCCGCCCUUAACGAGAGUUCGGAGUGGGGCCAGAUUUACAUCUUGGACUCAUUACUUCGCUACGUGCCCGAACGGCACUCAGACGCAGAGGUCAUGGCCGAGCGUGUUGUGGUGCAACUCGGCCACGGGAACUCUGCGGUUCUCCUGACUGCGAUCAAAGUCUUACUUUACCUUAUGAACUAUAUGGAGAAUCGACGGCUCAUUGACUAUAUCUGUAAGAAGAUGGGGCCACCAUUAGUAACCAUAUUGUCCUCGGGUCCCGAGGUUCAGUAUGUUGCCCUGCGGAACAUUCUGCUGAUCAUCCAACGGCGGCCGACAGUCUUGAAGAACGACGUCAAGGUGUUUUUCUGCAAGUACAAUGACCCUAUCUACGUCAAGCUUGCAAAGCUUGAGAUUAUGUACCGACUUGCGCGUGAGGAGAAUGCAAGAGAAGUGCUUGCGGAGUUACAGGAGUAUGCCUCGGAAGUUGACGUCGACUUCGUCCGCAAAGCUGUGCGCUCAAUAGGCCGGCUUGCCAUCAAGGUCGAGCAGGCGGCAGACUCGUGUAUCAAAGCGCUGCUCGAGCUCAUCGAGACUAAAAUCACGUAUGUCGUGCAGGAGGCGAUCAUCGUUACUAAGGACGUCUUCCGGCGGUAUCCUGGCAAGUACGAAGGCAUCAUUCCGACGUUGUGCCAACAACUCGACGCGCUUGAGGAGCCCGAGUCCAAGGCGGCCAUGAUUUGGAUUGUCGGGCAGUACGCCGAUCGCAUUGAGAACGCAGAUGAACUCAUGGACGACUUGACUUAUACAUUUAUGGAAGAAGCAGUCGAGGUGCAACUCGCACUGCUCACAGCGGUGGUCAAGCUCUUCAUCCACAAAUCCCAGUCAGAAACGAGCAAGGCGAUCGUGCACAAGGUCCUCAAGUGGGCGACAGAAGAGGCCGACAACCCAGAUCUGCGCGACCGUGGGUUCAUGUACUGGCGCAUGCUCGCGAUCAACCCAGCCGUCGCGGGCGAGAUCGUCUUGGCGGAGAAGCCUGCGAUCACGACGGACUCGGAUCGCAUGGACCGCGGCGCACUCGACCAACUCCUGCUGCACACAGGGACGCUCGGCAGCAUAUACCACAAGAACCCCGAGACCUUCAUCCGCGGCGCGGCCGGCAGGGCGCUGGUGGACAGUCCUGCGCUCAACGCGCUGUCGCGGCAAGUCCUCGUCCCCAUCGCGCGCCCUAUGCUGCCGACCGCGGUUCGUGUCCGUGGACCAGGGCCGCAGGAACCCUCGCGCGACGGCGCCGUCCCCGGCUCCCAGUCUGCCGCGAAGCCUACGUCACCAAUGUCGCCCGGCGAGGACGCGGGCCUCAUCGAAAGGGCCGCAUCGGGUGAGCACCAGGACGACGGCGACGGCGAUGGCGAGGGUGCGGGCGAAGGUGAUGGCGAAGGCGAAGAGGACUCGAUCACCGCGCACCGCGCAGCAGGGUCGGACCCGUAUGCGAAUUUAGACAGUGUUUUCGGGGGGUACAACGCGGACCAGCCCGCGCCGCAAACAGACGAUUUGCUGUUCUAACAUAUACGCCUUGGAUUCCCUCUCUCUCUCUCUUUCAGAUGUGUUGCUACCAAUACAUUUCCGAUUAUGAUAUAUCACAAUAAUCCAAAGGAAAAAAAUGCCCAGUCUCUAAUUAGUGACGUGCGGGAUUAGUAUAAGCGUGAUUGGGUGGUAUGUUGUGCUGCGUGUGUUAUGGGGGAGUAGGACCGAACAUCGACUUGAUGCCAUUUGUAAGCGACGCGCGUUUCGACGGUCUGAGUGAGUUGUAGUGCUCUCCGAGGCCGUACAUCCGCCGAUGGUAGCUGAUCCGCACGACAGGGCUGUCGUCGGGCGGGGGUGUGUCGGACGGGUUGUGGACAACGAUGUAGGGCGCCUGGCUCUGGAUGACAUGGAUCGGCACGUUGUACGCCUUGGCAAGGGCCAGGAUCUCGGGCUCGCCGCCCCAGACGGAGGUGUCGCGCAUCUUGGUGCAGUACGCCUCGAACUCCUUCGGCGACAUCAGCGAGCUCUCCGUCGAGCCCCCGCUGUCGUCGCCCUCGAGCGAGGGCAGGAACGGGAUGAAGUCGUCCGGGUGCGCCUGGAUGUAGUCUGCCGCGGCGCGCCGCGUCGUGGCGUAGUUUGCCAGGCUGCUCGGGAUGACGCCCAGGAUGGAGAGCUGGUCGGCGAUCGCGGAGAAGAGACAGUGGCCGUCUGGAUUUAUCUCGAACAUCUUGAGGCCAUGCUCGUCGCACGUCUUAUUAAUUAUACGCUCCUCCUCUCUGGCCUCUGCCUCAAACCUUGUGUCCGAGUCCGAGGGUGGACCUGCCAGCUGCUCCGCACGCUGAGCCGCCUUCCUUGCCUGGCGUGCCUCGUGCCGCGAUUUACUUCGGUGGGGGGUAGAUGCAGCCUUCCCCGUUUUCUCGUCUGCCACCUCCCUGAGUACUGCGGCGGUCUCAUGCUUGGAGGCCUGGUCCUUCUCGUCGAGCUGCGCAAGCAGAUCGUCCAUGAGCCCAUCGUCGUCGUGUGGGGGCUCUAACGGGGGCGGGGGCGUGGUGUGCGAGGGGCUGAGGGCCUUCUUGAUCUUGUUCCGCUUCGAGCCAGCCAUGGGUUUGUCGAGUCGGGCGUGCGCAGUGGGGGAGGUCUGCGCGGCGUGAGGAGGGUGCAAGGCGGUUCUGAGCGCGGAC